AAUACCGGUCGUGUAAAAUUGGCUGACCAGCAGAUUCAAUUCAAGAACACAAAAACCGGUAAAUUACAAAAUAUUCCAUCGUCGGAUAUUGAUACGAUUGCAUGGAUGCGACUUGCAAAUAAACCUGGACUAAAGUUUUCGUUAUCGAAUGGAACCAGUUUACGUUUUGGAGGUUUUCACGAUAAGGAUUUCGAGAAGAUCAAAGCGUUCGCGAGUAAGAAUUGGAAUAAAGAAGUGAGUCAACUGGAACAGAGUCUAAAGGGAUGGAAUUAUGGCAAAGCUGAAGUGAAAGGUCAAGUACUGGAAUUCGAUGUGGACGAUAAGCCGUGUUUCGAGAUACCGUUGAGUAAUGUGAGCAAUUGUACGUCUGGCAAAAGCGAGGCAGUGUUGGAAUUUCACCAGAAUGACGAUUGUGCGGUUUCGUUGAUGGAGAUGCGAUUCCAUAUACCUACCGAUCCGGAUGCUGAUGAGGACGUCGAUCCGGUUGAGGUGAGACACUGA